AUGGCUAUUUUUCAGGUCUCUAGGUUCCUGUGGUCACUGGGUGCAGUUUUAGUGAUUUUACCCCACUUAAAUAUCGGAUUAUUGUCUGACUACAAGAUCUGCGGAGACUCUGAGUGUCAAAGCCUCCUAAGCAGAGUGCAGGCUAUAAGGGACCACCGUGGUAAGGACUGUCGUUUCCUGAGCUUCAGGCAAGGAGACACAAUCUUUGUUUACCACAAAUUGACUGGAAAGAGGAAUGACCUGUGGGCAGGCAGUAUUGACAAAGAGUUUGGAUAUUUUCCAAAGGAUGCAGUGCAAGAAGAAGAGGUUCAUACUACUGUGGAGAAAGUAGUGGAAACACAGAAAUCUGAUUUCUUCUGCAUGAAUGAGUUUGGCUCCACUUAUCUGGAUAUGGAUGAUGAUGAUGAUUAUAUUGACCAGAAAAUCCAAAUCCCGGAGCCAGAAACCACACAAAAAAUUACCCAAAGCACUGAUGACACGAACACUGAAAGCCACUUAACAACCUCAGACUCCCCAGUUUCUGCACAGGAAGAAGAAGAACAAGAAGAAGAGGAUCAGAAUAAAAAUGUUGGUGGUUCCGGAGCUGGGUUUCAAGAGGAGACACAUGAGAUUCCUGUGGUUCCUAAUCAACAAGGUGGGUCUCCCUCCUCUUCCUGGCUUGGUUCUUCAGUGACAGGAUGGUUAGGUCUGGGUAAAGAGGACCAACCGGACAGUGUGGCUGAAGGGGAGAUAGAAGAUAAGAGGGAAGACACUCAGUCUGAAACGCUCACAUCCUCUGUGACAGGAUGGCUAGGCUUCGGAGAAAAUGGAAAACCUGACAAUGGCAAAGAAAAUGUGAAACUUAAAGAAGAAACUGCUGAAUCGUUAACUUCAACCAUGACUGGGUGGCUCAGCUUUGGAGGUGGAAGCAAAAGUGAGACAGAAGAGGAACAAAAAGCAGAUGAAGACAAAGAACCCACAGAGAAAUUCAGGAGCAGGAGGAUGUCCUUGGACCUUGAAGGCAGCCAGUUGCAGGAAGAGGAGAAGAAAGAGAUGGGGACUUUAGGUUGGCUGGGGAAUGGGCUGUCAAGCACACUGGGGUUUGGUUUGACCAGUCAGGAGUCAGGACAGGAGAAGGAGGAGAAGGUGCAGGCUAAUUCUUGGUUAAACAUGGAGAUUGAAGGUAUUCUAGGUUUCAGGAAAGAUAAAGUUGGAGAUAAUGAAAACAAAGAAAGUGAAUCUAAGGAGGCAGAAAUAAUCACAACUUUAGAGCAACCAACAGGAUCACAGAAUGUGGAUCACAGUGAAUCAGAGGAGGAAAUUAUUAAGACAAGCAAUAAUUCAAAGGAGGUGGAAGAACUGUCAGAAGACCAAAAUAUCCCGUCUACAGAACCACUUAAUGGUCAUAGUGUUGAUAGCAACACAGAUAUUUCAGACAGUGGGAUAAACAGCGAUUUCGAUGAAGAGGCUGAACCCACAGUUGAUAACAAAGAUAUUUCUCCUGAAAGGAAGUUUGAAGAAGAAUCUCAGGCUUUAGUAGAAUCACCCCCCAGUAAAGAUGACGAUGACAAUAUAGAAAAAAGCAAAAUAAAUGAGGAGAGAUCUGAAGAAAGGGAAGGUGAAGACGCUGUGAUUCACAAACCAAUUGGAAAUGAACAUAUGGAUAAUAGCAGGGAGUCAGGAGAGGAAGAAAGAAAAACUCCAAGUGCUAUCAGUCAGGAUUCAACACCACCACCUGAAACACCAUCUGAAAGCAUUUUGGGCCCUGAUCACGUUUCAGUGGAUUUAAAGUCAAAGUCUAUGCUGGUCAAGGAAGAUGAAAAAGACCAGAUGGAGAACAAGAAAUCAGAAAGUAUGGAGGAGGAAGGGGCAGAAAUCACAAAUCAAACUGAUAACACAGAAGAACCCACAGAAAUGUCUCUUAAAAUCACCAGGGGUGACGAUAAUAAAGGAGAAGUCAGUAAUGAGGAUACAGAUUUACCUGAAACUCAGACUGAGGAGCUGAACGGUGAUGUAGAAGACAGUAGCACAGAGAGCCAGCCUCACUUACCGUCAUCUAUGGAGAAAAACGAUCCAGUUCCAGCUGAGAAUGAAAGUUUUACUCCUUGUAGUGCUGAAACAAAUGAUGACAAUUCAGAUACAAUAGCUCUUUUUGAUAAUAACACAGAAGCAGAGACAGUUCAUGGGGAGUUAGAGCAGGAGGGAGAAACUCUGAGCUCACAGGAAUUUGAUUCACAGCAUAACCCUGGUAGAAGCACUCAAACUAUCCCAAAGGAUAGAGGAACAAGUGCACCAACCACAGAUCAGACCUCCGUGUCUCCAGUGAUGGAGCAUGUUAACAAUGAAAGCAACAGUGAUGCAGGCAAACUAAAGGAAAUUGUUGAAGACAACAUAAAUGAGUCCCAGCAGGUUAAAACAGAGAUAGAAGCAUCAGGCACUAAAGAAGAUGAUUUGAAUGAAAAUGACUUCAAGUCAGUGAUCAGCUCUGAAUUAGAGGCUGAAAAAGAGGAGGAGUCAAAGGAUGGGGGGAAUCAAGGGGUGAUGAAGGUGGAGGAUAACGAGGAAUUGGAGGAUUUAAAGGAUAUAAAAGAGCAAAAGGGAGAUGAGAAAGAGAGCAAUGAGGCAGAAGUGGAGAGCACGCAGGUAGAGGUGGAAGACCUAAAGGAGGCUAACAAACAGUUGAAUACAGAGGAGGAAAAACACCCCAAGGUGGAGGAGUUAGUGGAAGAAGAGGAACUGGUGGGUCUAGAGGGAAAAGAGAAGAAAGAAGGUGAAGGGGAAAAGGUGAAAGAGCAAAAGGAAGAUGAGGAAGAAAAGGAGUCUAAUAAGCCCGAUGUGGAGAGUAUGCAGGGGGAGAUGGGAGAGCUAAAGGAGGCUAACAAACAGUUGAAUACAGAGGAGGAAAAACACCCCAAGGUGGAGGAGUUAGCGGAAGAAGUGGAACUGGUGGGUCUAGAGGGAAAAGAGAAGAAAGAAGGUGAAAAGGUGAAAGAGCAAAAGGAAGAUGAGGAAGAAAAGGAGUCUAAUGAGGCAGAAGUGGAGAGUAUGCAGGGGGAGAUGGGAGAGCUAAAGGAGGAUAGAAAACAGCUGCAGAAAGAAGAGUUACCAGAGAAGGAAAAAGAGGCCAAGGUGGAGAUGUUACAGAGGGAAGAAGAACUGGAGGGUGUACAGGAAAAAGAGAAGAAAGAUGAAGAAGGAAAAACAGUGCAGUCUUCUUAUUAUGAGGCAAAGAUCCCGAGCACCAUGAACAUACAGAAUGGCUCAGGAUCAUCUUUCACUGAAAUAGUCGCACAGGUUGAAAGCCACCAAGAUGUGGAAGGAAGAAAUGGGGAGGAUGCAGAGAAAAAACAAGCCAAGGCAGAGGAGCUAAAGUUUGAAGAGACUGACCGAGCAGAGGUUGAAGAAGUGCAUCAAGAGGAGAAUGAGGUGGAUGACAGCUUUAAAUGUUCAAAUGAGCUUUGCCCUCAAGUGCAUGAAGAAAAAGCUGGAAGUGGUUUAGAGGAAGGAGGUGAAGGAGCAAUACAGACAGAGAAGCUAAAGGAUCAAGCAAACACACCAGGAGAGAGACAGAUAAUAGACGCGGAUGAAGAAACAGCAAAUAACACUUCAGAGGAGGCAGAAAGCACUCAUGCAUUAGGCCAGGGAGAUAAAACGGAGUCUGGAGACACUGAAAGUAGCAGCAAAGAAGCACAACAGUUAAACUCCGAUCAACAGACGCACACAGAGAAGGCUGCUGUUGUAGUGGAGGAUAAAGACACUGAUAUAAAAAUGAGGGAAAAUGUUAGUAAUGGUAGUGAAUCCUGGCAUGAGAGAGGAAGGGAGCCUUCAGCCCCACAUAGUGACCCUGCUAAAAGUCAGUCUGUGACAUCUGAGCAAACUGCCCAAAGUUUGACUGAUGAUGCGUCUCCACAUCCACCUACUGAUCAGAGUGGGGAGACAGAGACAGAGAGUAAAACCAGUGGAGCUUUUGGUCUUUUAAAAAACCCCUUUGGUGUUUUCAGCCAGAAAUCUACCACCGAAUCUGACGGGUCCACCGAACCAGCCCAGAGCUUCAGUACUAGUCCAGGUGAGGCGUUGCAUUCGCAAGACUCUUUAACUCCUGAACAAGAACCAGAUUCCACCACUCACCACCUUGAAGUUGUGCACAAAGACUCUCCCACAAUCACAGAGCAGCCACAGCUUCAUCCUUCCUCUGCUGAGAUGACAAGAACUCUCUCCAAACAUUACAAAAACCUGCUCGCUCACAUGGGUGCAGAUGAGACAGCUAUUUUGCUAGAGCUUUUUGGGCGACACAAGCUUCAGUUUUUGGAUUACAUUUUGUCCAAUUCAGACACCAUGUUGUACAAACCUGAUGAGGAGGAUGAAUCUAUAUUGUCAGAUGUAGAGAGACUUCUGUAUCAUCACAAGGAGACGCUGACUGCUCCUAGCCUGACACUCACUGAUGCACUGCAGGAGGACAAAGAAAAGACCCGAAUGCUUAUGGCGCUUCAAAAACUGGAAACACUGUUGGGAAGAUACUAA